UCUCAACAUGAGUGCAGAAAGAGGUUGCUCUCAGUAGACGCCGAGCCUUGGACCUCGGCUGACGCGACAUACCUUUGCCUUAAAAAAAAAGGAUUGCGAAACGUGUGAUCUGUGGUUGUGAGGAACAAGCAUUUCCAGACAAAACUAUGAAACUAAAACAAGAACUAUUGAUCCAGCCAUCUGGCGAGGUUUGGAAGAACAUCAGGAUCGAGCUGAAGGAGGACGUGGCGACGAGGGACAGGGAUGUGGCUCUCAUAAGGGAGUGGCUCAAGAAGCAGCCGCAUCUGCCUGAUAAUUGGGAAGUCCCACCCAUUAUGACCUUCCUCCGCGGCAGCAGUUUCUCCCUGGAGAAGUGCAAGAGGAAGCUGGACAUGUACUUCACCAUGAGAGCCGCCUGCCCAGAGUUCUUCACCAAACGUGAUGCCACCAGACCUGACCUUGAUGAUAUCAUGACCAACAAAAUUCAAGGCCCUCCACUGCCGGGAGUUACACCAAAUGGCAGAAGAGUGACUAUUUGCAGAGGAGUACACCCAGACCUGAACUCGCAGCAGAUCACAGACACUCUGAAGCUGGCUCUCAUGAUAGGAGAUGUUCGUCUCACAGAAGAAAGAGAAGGAGUGGCGGGAGAUAUAUACAUACUGGAUGCGGCUAUACUGGGGCCAAGCAUGCUGGCUAAAUUGUCUGCCGCUACUAUUAAGAAGUUCAUGAUCUGUGUUCAGGAAGCGUAUCCAAUCAAGCUGAAAGAAGUCCACAUCAUCAACACGUCGCCGCUGGUCGAGCGAUUUGUGAACUUCGUCAAACCUUUCCUCAAGGAGAAGAUCAGGAAACGGAUCUACAUUCACAAGGACGUGAAGGGCUUGUACAAGUAUAUACCUCAGGAGAUGUUGCCCACCGAGUACGGCGGACAGUGUGGCGACAUGGCUACACUACAAGAACAAUGGAAGCUGAAACUCCAAGAGUACCGCGACUGGUUCAAGCGACAGGACAGCAUCACCGCCAACGAGUCUCUCCGGCCCGGCAGACCCACCAACUAUGACGAGUUGUUCGGUAUCGAUGGCUCGUUCAGACAACUGUCCAUCGAUUAGUUGGUAAUCGAUUUAUAUUGUAAUCGAUGAAUGCGGUAGAUUGAUAAUAUAGUGGCAAUUUUAUGAAAAGUUAACUUGCUUAGUACUUUUUGAUCAAUGUAAAUGUAAUAUAUAUGUAAGUGCUGUUAAAAGUGCUCUAUAAAAAAUAUAAAUUACUGAGUUGCUCAAAUUUUCCAGUUUGAGUGGCUAUGUUUCUGUAGUGUUUGCUUAAAAUAUUAUCCACUAGUCUGAAAGCUCAAAGUACUUUCACACUAGCGGAUUUUUCGCGUUGCCACAUACGCACGAAAUCAAAGAAUUAUCGGGAACCGGCGCGGAGGGAAAGACUUUCUGCCGCGAGGAAUGUGUCGUGCGUAGAAAAAUCGAGCGGAUAAUCCGCCAGUGUGAAAGAGCUGCAUUAUAUUGUCAAUCUAACGUUAUAAAUAGAAUAUUGUUGUAUACUUAUGACAUUAGAUUGAGUACAGGGUGAAGAAAUAUUUCGUUGCUGUUGUCCUGUGAUUGAGUACAGGGUGAAGAAAUAUUUCGUUGGUGUUGUCCUGUGGUAGGUAGGUAAUUUUGUCUCUAUUUGCUUAGUGUUAGUGGUAGAAAAUUAUAAUUUUAGUAUGUGAUCUGUGAUUCACUGGUUUUUACAUAUGUUUUGUUAUAAUUUGUAGAAAAAUUAACAGAAAAAAUCAUCAUUAUUAUAACAAUUGAAAAUGUUUAUAAAUUUUAGUGAGAAAAUUAAAUUUAUCAAAAUGAAACCUUUUGUGCUUGGACCCUAUAACUAUAUAUAUUUUCUAAGUAGUGUAUUUAGAAUGUUAGUAGUGUAUUUAGAAUGUUAAGUAUUUUAGAAUUUAGGUAAAUCGAUAAUUUUAACAUCAGACUCAAAGAUCGGUGUAAUAAAAAAAUAAAAUGAUCAAAAAGCUAUUAAACAAAAAUUACACUGUUGAAUAAAAUAUAUAUUUUUUGUAUUAAUUAAUAUUGUUUUUAGAUUUAUAUAAUUCUGAAAGAAGCUAGCAUAAAAUGCAAUAACUGUGGUAUGUAAAAUAGAUGUCUCGAUUUUUUA